ACGGCACCAACCACGGCCGCAGUGCCCCCAAGCGCAGUCGCUGGCCGCCUCUCGUCGGCCCCGCGAGCGCCGAACCUGCAGAUCGCGGCCGCCUUUCCGAGCUCUUCCAAAAGCACGUACCCGGCGGUCGGCCCUCGUCGUCGCAUCUGCGGCGCCGGAGAACGUGCCGAUCGAACCCAACAACGCUUUUGAAGUCCCAAUCGCAGGGAAUGGCGGCCCAAAGCUGCCCCGCCCUCCCUCCAAGCGCUACUCCUUCAGGCUGAUUGAUCCGCUGGCGCCGGUGAGGACGACGAGGCAGAUGCUGGAGGCGAUGGACCUGGUGUAUGAGGACGUGCCGGCGCCUCCUGAGAUGAGGAGGAGCCGGUCGUUGUCGAUGGCGGGGAAUUUAUGGGCGCCGUGGGACAUCAUGGAGGAUGAGAAGGAGGUGAGGAUGCGGUUCGACAUGCCGGGGUUGUCCAAGGAGGAGGUUAAGGUGACGGUGGAGGACGACAUGCUCCUCAUCCGGGGAGAGCACAAGAAGGAUGAUCAAAAGGGGCCCGGGGGUGGCGGCCCAGAAAAGACGCCAGAGAAGGGCACGUGGUGGAAGGAGCGGAGCUUCAGUUCGUAUGAUAUGCACAUUCUGUUGCCGGAUUACUGCGACAAGAAAAAGGUCACGGCAGAACUCAAGCACGGUGUGCUGCUGAUCACUAUUCCGAAGAUCUCGGAUAAGAAGGAAAUUGUCAGCGUUGACGUCAAGGGAUAGUUAUGUGUCGUGUGUACCAGCAUAUAUGUGCAUGCAUGCAUGCAUGUUUCUUAUACAUCUGUUUUUCUUUUUAUUCUGUGUUUAAUAGAUCUCUUUGAAUAAAAAAUAUAUACUUUGCUGAGUAAAAAA